CAUUUCAAAAAAUGACAACAUUAAGCUCAUGAGAAUUGCGUUUGCUUAACGUUGUUUCAUUCAGCACUGGAAACCAGAAAAGUAAACAACAUGCUUUUCUUGUUUACAUUUUUUUCGUUCGCGCUAGUUCGCGCAAUAUCGUUCGAAUCUGGUCAAAUUGAUAAGAGAGAUAAGAGAAAUUUUAAAAAUCAUCCGUGAAAAUUUAAAUUUUUUGGAAGAUUGGAAAUAAUAUAACUUUACUUACCUAUCACGUCCAAAAAAGACAAGGAAUCGGAACUUAGAUCAAACAGAAUAAGAAAAUCAUGUACGGUGCGAGAUCGAUGCUGGGCUGGCGUCUUAAGCAAGAAGAUUCUCAUAUGGAUUUAGACGAAGAAACAUCUCUUUUCGGCAUGUACGACGAACACGGUGGUGCAAUAGUGGUCAUAUACACAUCGGAAAAGCUACCAGGGUUCAUAAAGGAAAAUCAUCAGUACAAAAAUGGUGAUCAUGAGAAAGCAUUAAUCUCGGCGUUUUUCAAAUUCGACGACACCUUCACGUUGAAAACAACUACAGCUCGACUGAACGAGAUCAUUCAGAGUAACAAGGAGGACGACAGUGAUGAAUGAGAAGAAUCCAGUCUGGUACCCUGUUGUUUUCAGAAGUCGCCCAAUGUUCUCGUGAAAAGUUCUAAAGACGAAUCGUUAGUCAACGGCUCAGCUAACGUUAACGGUGACAUAACCGACGAAGUAGUGACCUCAACACAGGAAACUCCGUACACCCUUUAAAAAGAAAAAACAUUUGACCGAUCUAGACGACAGCAACGUAGAGAAAAAUUUCAUCACCUACGAGAAAUACAUAAAUGAUGAUGAUGAGAAUGAUUCCGAAGACGAAAUCUUUGAAGUUGAAAAUGGUGCUGAUAGUGAUUUUGACGAUGACGAUUUUAAAUGCAAGAAGAGUUUACUCACCAAGCUGAAAAUAUGAUUGUGUCAGGUCGCCAUGAAAGAUGACGGUGACGAUGAAAAAAAUGAUUGUUCGCUUACCAAUUGAAAUUGAGGGCUAAGAAAAGCAAGACAAUGAAGAUAAAGAAGACGCUGAAAAAUAUUAUAUUGAUUUAUUCAGCGAUGGUUCUGCCCAUCUUGCAGCUGAAAGUAUAGAUGCAUAGCGGUAGUCGCCUUGAUGAAAAAUGACACUCUGUACGUUGCCAAUACCGGGGAUUCUCGUUGUGUAAUUUGUAAAGAUAGCAAAUUAGUUGAUAUUUCCGAAGAUCACAAACCUGAAGAUGAACCAGAAAGAGCAUGUAUAGAGAAAUCCAUAGAAAAGUAACCGGUGAUGAUAGAAUCAACGGAAGACUGAAUUUAUCAAGAUCCUUAGUUACAAAUAAAAUACCAAAUUAUCCAACAAAGAAGCUAAUGUUUCUGAGAACAUCGAAGUCGACUCCACUCCAGCUGAGCUCUCUCAGACAGCUGAUAGUUCUCAAAACAGAAAAGACGAUGAAAAUAACGAAGCUGUUCCUAGCCAACUAGUCUCUGAAGCUAUACCUGUACCUAAAUCAGUAGAACGGAGUGAUUCAUCGACACGUUUAAAAAGAUGCGCCGACUCGACAGAAGAAGGCGAGUGUCAAGCUAAGAGAUGAAAAACUGACACAAAUGUUAAUAUUAUGUAGUUCCUGAACUACGAGUUAAUUUUCACAUUAAUGAUUAAAUGUAUCUUGUAAGGGAUUUUUUACGUUGUAAAAAAGUUGAGAAAUGGAAAAUGUGUCCUGUACUGGGCGAGUUUGAGAUGCUGAAAAAAGGUCAUAUAAUUUUAUUUCAGAUUUGUAGGAAAUUCUCUGUUUUGUUUUUUUUUUGGUAAGAUGAAUUUUUAAAUAUCGUGAAUUUCUUUCAACUACGCUCGUAGUUAAUGUUUAUUCAUCUUCAACUCGUCUUUCUUCGUUUUAUCAAAUAAGGAGAAGUACCGAAUGGUAGAUUUUUAUUUUGAUUGUAUCACGUUUGUACAAAAGCUGAUCGCUUGAUUUUCUCCUCUUUUAUGAAUAUUUCAAUAUUCACUUUUUUUUAUUACUUAACUCAUCCCACAUUCCAUUACGUUUUGUUUCUAUUUUUCUUGGGAAAGGGGAGGGGGAUUUGAGGUGGGUGAAAAAUAAUUUGUUUCCCUUGAAACUUGUUGAUAACGCGAUUUUGAUGUAAUUUACAAUGUUUUGGAAUGGUCAGAGAUCAAAAAACGCCUCAUUCGAAUGGUUAAUUUGUGUUUUCGAGUAAUAUUUUUCAUCAUGUUUUAUAUUAUUGGACGUAAGGGUGAUUAGAGUAGCUUGUUUAUUUGUGUAUGUGUAUUUUUAAGCAUACAUAUUAUGGAUUAGUAUAAUUUGAUUAAGAAUAUUCUUUAGAAUAAACUUUUUUCAUUUAAUGCAUGAAUAAGUACGAUACCUACAGUU